UUUGCAUUCAACCCCAAGAAAACGCCCCCAUUCCUUAUUCUUUUUUCUUGGUCUUUUAACAACACAACAACAAAGCCGAAACAACAACAGCAAUUUUCUGUCUUUGAAUGAGUGCCAACACGCGCACCCUCCGCUCAUCGCAGCGACCGACGCCCGGGGCUGGGGACGAGGAGGAAGGAUCCUCGACGCAGUUCUUGGGCAAGUUCAAGCUCUUGCGCACGCUCGGCCACGGCAGCUACGGCAAAGUCAAGCUCGCCCAGCACAUUGAGACUGGCCAGAAGGUCGCUCUCAAAAUCCUCGAAAAGUCAAACAUCAAGUCCAACAAAGCCCUCAAGCGCAUCUUUCGCGAAAUUGGCUACCUGAAGGUCCUCCACCACCCACACAUUGUGGCGCUGCUCGAAGUCAUCGAGACGACAGACCGCAUCAUCCUGAUCAUGGAGUUUGCCGCGGGUGGCGAGCUCUUUGACUACAUUGUCGCCCGCCAAAACCUCAAGGAGGUCGAGGCACGGCGCGUCUUUCGCCAAAUCAUCUCGGCCGUCUCGUACUGCCACCAGAGCGCGCUCAUCCAUCGCGACCUCAAGCCCGAAAACCUCUUGCUAGACUCGGACUUGAACAUUAAAAUCAUCGACUUUGGCUUUUCCAACGUCUACCGCACAGACAUGGUUCUCAACACGUUCUGCGGGUCGCCUUACUAUGCCGCGCCCGAAAUGAUUGUUGGGCAGUCGUACGUUGGACCCGAGAUUGACAUCUGGAGCAUGGGUGUCAUUCUCUACACGCUCCUCUGUGGCCACUUGCCGUUUGACGACGACAAUCUGACCAGGCUCUACGAGAAGGUGUUGGUGGGCCAAUUUGAUCUCCCCGAGACGCUGUCGCAAAUGGCCAAGGACUUGCUGGUCCGCAUGAUCCGCGUCGAGCCGGGUGGUCGUGCGCCUUUGGAAGAGAUUGCCAAGCAUCCAUGGGUCAUGGAAGGCUACGACACACCCGUCAACGCGUACUUGCCACCACGACUGGAAAUUGACGAGGUCGACGAAGUCAUUUUCCGACAGUUGCUCAAGUACGACUUUGACGCCAUUGAGGCAGACGAAGAUUUGCACCGACCUGGCGUCAACCCCGCCAAAGGCAUGUACUACCUGCUGUGCGAAAAGCGAGACCGCGACCUGAAAAAGUUUGCGGCGGCAGCGGCAGCCAACAACGCGGCGGCAUUGAGCGCUUCCCAGUCGGUGGCCCAUAUGCGCUCUGGCUCAAACACGGCAAUGCCCAUGAAUGUCGUGCCCGCUUCCGCCGAGGAGGUGGCUGCGGCCAAAGCGGCUGCGACAGCGCAACAAUCGGCGCAACAAUCGCGAUUGGCGCAGCUGCGAGAGCAACGCUACUCAAAGCUCGCGUCAGACACGCGUCGCUCACGCACGAUUGCCUCAGUGCCAGCCCGCGCGCCAGAGUCUGCGGGCGUGGUGGGGCAGAUGAUGCCGUCCGACAUCGAUCCUAUGCAGGCCAUGGUGAACGCGCGUCAGGCCCACUUGCAGGCCUCUGGCGGCUCGAGUUCCGGAGGUGUGAUCACGGUGACUGCGCCCAUUGCAGUUGCUCCCUCCCUCGGUCCGUCCAUUGGCGAGCGUGUCCAAUCUGUCAACCACAACAUUUCUGGCGGCGCGCUCCCCUCGUCGCCGCUCCCCAUCGAGCCACUUGGCGACUUGUCUGCACCAGUCAAGCCAGUCCAACAGCAGCCAUCGGCAACAACGGCGGCAGCAGCAGCAGCAGCAGCCACAGCAACAACAGCAGCACCCGUUGCUGCAGCCGCGCCCGCAGCUGCUGCGCCCGCCAUGACACCGGCAGAGCGCAUGCAAAUGCUCAUGGCCAACGCCAAGGCGCAUCAAGCCAAGAAGGCAAGCGAGGGUGCUGCUCCGCAGGCAGCUGCCGAGCCUGCUGUUGCUGCUGCUGCUGCUGCUGCUGCUGCUGUUACUCCGGCGCCCGUCGCAGCAGCUCCCGUUGUUGCCUCCAACGCUAGUGAAACCAGCAUGGAUUCGUCCAAGCCGGACUCGGCCGAAUCCACGCCGACCUCGUCGGGCGCCAGCUCGGCCGUGGGUUCGCCAAACUCGUCGCAGACACAAAUGGCCCCCGUGGACGAGCCGCGCAAGACCGUGGUUGUCGCUGGCAAGGGCAGCGGUGCUGUCAAGUUUGCCCUUCCUGCUGGUCAACAACCAGAGGAAGACGAGCCCGAGGACGAGCUGCCCGUGCCGGAUUUGCCAGCAUCAUCAACUCCCGCAACCGCUGCCACGGCCACGGCCUCGUCUGCCGGCCCAAUGACGACAACGGCCGCUGCCGCCGCCGGUGGCGCAGUCCCGCCCGCCUCAUCCGUGGCCAAAAGCUCUGCCAAAGCCGCCGGCGACGCACAGAAAAAGAAGCGCUUCUUGUCCCUCGACGGCGCCAUGUCAAGCUUUAUCGCAGCAUUUGGCCGCAAGAAGGCCUCGCAACCCACCGCGAACGGUGCCAUUGGCGAAGCCGGCGAGGAAGGAACCGCCGAGGAGCCCGCAGAGGACGUGUCUGGCAAUGCACAAGAUGCUGGAACGGUGGACGCGAACGGCGUCCGCGAGUUGCCUGCCAACGAUUUGCGCACCCUCAAGGGCUUUUACGACGUGUCGACCACCUCAUCCAAGCCCGUUCCUGACAUUAUUACAGAGAUUUCUCGCGUCCUCGGGGAGAUCCAGAUUGAUUACUCGUGGAACAAUGUGACGGUGAGCUGCAUGCAGCAUGUCGAGCUUGUCACCACCGUCACCACCGCGGGCGGCACAGUCAUCCAAAUGAACAAGUCUCCCGCGGCACUCGCAGCGGCUCAAGCCAAGGCGACGCAGUUUGAAAUUGAAAUUUGCCGCGUGCCAAAGCUCAACCUGUGCGGUCUGCACUUCCGACGCGUGUCUGGCGACAUUUGGGCCUAUCGCAAGAUUUGCCAUCGCUUGUUCAAUUCGCUCCAACUUUGAUUGUGUUUUGUUGGAGGAACCCGUUUCAAGACAACGAACAGAACAAAACAAACCCACAUUUGCAAGUGUUUUCCGUCUUGUUUUCUCCACAGCCGAGAGCCCUUGCAUGUUAUCCGAAUGUACUAUGUCUUAUUCCUA